UAAAUAUCGCCUUAAGAAUUCCAUUCAGGAUGAAAAUAUAUAUACAUGUAUCAUUCCAACUACUAAAAUGCUUAUAUCAAGAAAGAAAGAAAUCGCCUUAAAUAGACUUAGGGUUGAUUUAUUUCUAAAUGCUCACUUCUUUGCUCACAAUUUUAAUUCAGUCUUAUCCCCAGCUUGUUCAUGUAGAAAUAAAAUAGAAGACAGCAAACAUUUCCUUCUCAAUUGCACCCUAUACAACCCCCAACGGAACAAACUUUUCGCAGAGCUUGCAAAAUUCAAUGUGUUUGAUUAUUUCAAGCAAAUGAAUAUGACAAACAAAGUUAAAUUACUUCUGUUUGGAGAUUCUAAUAAAAUGAAUUUCAAAACAAAUGAAUCUCUGGCACACGCAAUUUCAGAUUUUAUAGAAUCAUCAAACAGAGGUUGAUCAGACUUUGUUUAAACAUUCUUUACAUGUCCUAGUGUCACCUUCACCAUCAUCAUUUCAUUCUUCAUACUCAUUCAUUUUAUCACAUCUUUUUUAAAUUCUUUUUUACAUUUAUUUUCCAAUCAAGUUAUUGCCUGUAUGUAUUUUAUCUAUUUGUGAAUAUGUCUGUAAUGCCUCAGGGCGAUUGACAUUAUUACACUUUGUUAAUUGUAAUAUACUAUUUAUGCAAUAAAUACUAUUAAAAAAAAA